UGGGCCAGACGCCAAAGAAGCGGAUUUGUGCGGCCGGGAGGCCAGUGACUGCUCAGCUGGAAGUGUCGGGAGCCACGGCAAGGUUAACAGUGAGCAGCUGAAUUGGAGCCAGUCUCACAGAGAUAUGGUGAUGAUGAUCCAAGAAAUGAAGAGGUGUUUGCCUGAAGACAAAAGGAGUUCCAGCAAGCCCAGUACAAUCAGUGCUCUCAACUAUGCCUUGCGGUGUGUCCAGCAGGUCCAGGCAAACAAUGACUUUUUCCAGGCCCUGAGUGACCGAAGAGUGUUUCAGACAGAUGUGAUGACAUACAGCAUAGAAGAGUUGGUGGCUGUUGCAUCUGAACACACGCCCAAAAACACUGACACGUUUGUGGCUGUAUUUUCCUUGCUUUCUGGACGCAUGGUGCAUAUUUCUGAGCAGGCUGCAUCUAUUCUAAACUGUAAGAAGAAAGUGUUGGAUUCCUCCCGGUUUGUAGAGCUGCUUGUCCCUCAGGAUGUGAGUGUGUUCUACACACACACAGAUCAGUCCCAUCUGCCUCUUUGGAACAUGGAAAGUCAAACAGCUUCUCUGUAUGAAUAUGCCCAGGUGAAGUCGUUUUUCUGCAGGAUCAGGAGUGGUAAAGAUCAAGAAACACGUUAUUACCCCUUCCGAAUCACACCAUACUUAGUCCAUGUGUGUACUUCUGUCCACGUGGAUACAGAAUCCUGCUGCUUAGCUUUGGCUGAGAAAAUCCACUCUGGAUAUGAAGCUCCUCGAAUCCCUAUGGAUAAAAGAAUCUUCACCACCACUCACACCCCUGGAUGUGUUUUUCUUGACAUAGAUGACAGAGCAGUGCCUUUAUUGGGUUACUUACCUCAAGAUUUGAUUGGAACAUCCAUUCUGAUGUAUUUGCACCCAGAAGAUCGCCCUUUGAUGAUUGCUAUUCACCGGAAGAUCCUGAAGUUCGCUGGUCAACCCCCUUUUGAACAUUUACCUAUUAGAUUUUGUACUCAAAAUGGGGAUUAUGUCAUACUGGAUACCAGCUGGUCCAGUUUUGUGAAUCCUUGGAGCAGGAAAGUAGUGUUCAUCAUUGGCCGACACAAAGUCCGAACAAGCCCUCUGAAUGAAGAUGUUUUUGCUGCAAGAAGUAAAGAAACGAGCCAUGUUGAGAAAGAGAUAAGAGAAUUGCAAGGACAAAUUUACAAGCUGCUUCUGCAGCCAGUUCACAGCAAUGUUUCCAGUGGUUAUGGAAGUCGUGGAAGCAAUGGCUCUUACGAGCACUAUAUGAGCAUAGCAUCUUCAAGUGACUCAAAUGGGAAUUGUGCAGAGGAUAUACAGGAACCAAUGACAUUGCAGCAGAUUUGUGCAGAUGUCAACCGAAUCAAGAACCUGGGCCAGCAGUUGUACAUUGCAUCAAGGAGCAAACCACAGAACGGAAACGAACAGGCUGUGAGCUCAGGAAUACUAGGAGGGAAGAGGCACACUGCUGCCUGUUCUCUUCAGACAGCGAGAAGUGAUAGCACAGAAGAACCAGGCAAUGUCUUUUAUGACGAUUCAAAGAACACUCCACGUGUGCCUUCCUAUCAACAGAUCAAUUGUGUUGAUAGCAUCAUCAGAUAUCUAGAGAGCUGCAGUAUUCCAGCAUUCAAAAGGAAAUGUAAAUCUUCUGCAAAUACAUCAUCGGCAUCUUCAGAAGAUGACAAGCAAGUCCAGCAAAGUCAGCAGGAAGCUGAGGCGCUGGAAGAUACUGCAAUACUUUCAACAGUUAAUCCCCAAACUCCAGUGUCUGCUGAUCAGGAAGAGACACUGAAAGACAAGACAGCUGCAGGCAUGGUUGGAGCUCCUCUGACAGACCUGACCCUGUCCAAGAAGGCUCCAAGUGUGGUGUCUGUCACCAGCCAGUGCAGUUACAGCAGCACUAUAGUGCAUGUCCCACACCCUGAAUCAGAAGUGACUACAAUGGAGGAUACUACUGUUGGAAGUGAACAAAUUGAGCUGCCUCCUGUGCAUGCUCAGAAUCUCACUACAGUGCCAGAGGACUUAAAACCAGUUGGGCUAACAAAAGAGACGUUGUCAGCCCACACUCAAAAGGAAGAGCAGAACUACGUUGACAAGUUCCGUCAGAGGAUCUUGCUUUCUCCAUUUAGGACUUACCUUCAACAGGGGAGCAGAAAUAACAAGGGACAUUCCUGUGGCCAAGGAGAUUCCACUUCAAAGCAGAUGAGCCCAUCUACCUGUAAAAAAGGCAAACAUGGAAAAUUCAAGCGCCAGAAACCUCAGAGAAAAUCCUCAGAUAACCACUCUGCCAGUAAAAAUAGAAACAGUCUUCCGUGUGUGAAGAGAACGGUUCAGAAACAGUCCUUCUCUCCCUCAGAAGGGUCCUGUUUGAGCUCCUCCAGUAUGAAUGUCCUUCCUCCUAUGGGAUUUUCUGUCUACUCGGAUCCACUGUCAAGUUUUCCAGCCUCUUCUGGAGAGGAGCUUGCCAUUCACUCAUUAAAACCUGAGCCCAUGUCAUCAUCACAGCUAUGUUGUGAAGCUCAGUCAUGUCCAGCAAUUUAUCCCCCAAACAUAGGCACGUUUAUGGCUGUAUUUCUUCAGAGUUUCCCUAUGUAUGCUCAGAUGCCUCAGUAUGUCUUUCUUCCUAGCCCUCAGUACGUUUAUCUCCCCUUUUCCUAUCCAUGCACUGUACUACCUCCAGCCCCAUCUCCUCCUGCUCCAUCACCAGUAGCACCACACGCUGUGGAUCAGCCCUUUCCAGUCUCUUCUGCCACAUCCAUGGAGGACCGGCAAGAGGGACAGUGUGACCAGGCCCUACUGCUGAGUAGCUCACGGAGCAGCUCCCCUCUCCAGUUGAACUUGCUUCAAGAAGAACUGCCAAAACCUAUGGAGCUUUCCACUAGUACUGAUGUUAAAGCACGUACAGAAGCUAAAUGUGACAAUGAUCCAGAAGACAGUGUUAGCAGUGCUAACCAUUGUGCUUCUAGUGAAUUUACUGACCACUCGCAGUAUGAGGGCUCCCCCUCAGGUGCAGGCUCAGCAGCAUCAGGCAGUGGAUCAGCUUUGUCUGGUUCUUCAGGCUGUAGCUCCAAUGAGACUUCUGGUUCUGGCACAGGUAGUGGGAAGAGCACCAAGUAUUUUCCCAGCAAUGACUCUUCUGAAGCUUCCAAAGAAAAGAAUCAGGAAGCAGAAGAAAAAGGGACAGCUCAUAAAUCCAGCCAUGAGUCAGCCUGGAUGAUGAUGGAUCACACACCUGAGCAAGUUCUAAUGACUUACCAAAUGCCAAACAGAAUUACAGAGGAAGUUUUAAAGGAGGAUCUGGAGAAGCUGGCAGUAAUGCAGAAGCAGCAGCCAUGGUUUUCAGAUGGGCAAAAGAAGGAGCUUGCAGAGGUACACACAUGGAUCAGGACCCAGACUCUCCCACUGGAAAUCAGCACCCAAGGCUGUGUUACAUGUGACAUCAGCGAUGCCAGUUGUGAGGCUGCAAUGGCUGCUGACAGUAUGGAAAACAAGGGAAAAUUGCCUCCGCACCUGCAACACUGAAGUCACCAGCACUUGUGUCAGUAAAAUCACUUGGUGUAAUUCCCAUCCUCUUUUCCUCUGUCUUCGCUACAUCCUAGUGGUGAAUCUCUCUGGCUAUCUCUUCCCAACAUGAACAAUCACAUACGUGAAACUAAAUCUUCUUCCAUUACCCCAACGCUCCUGGUGUGACUUUGAAGACAAUCUUUCACUGUGAGGCUGUUUCUCUUCCUGACCUCACAGACUUGAUGCAAAGUGGAUUAUGUUUCUAACUUUUGAUUGCUCAGUGAUGAGCAAAAUACAAAGGACUUCUGGGAUUUGUUUGUAUAUUUGAACUUGGCAAAUAAGAGUCUGAAAAGAUGCAGUAGCUAAGAUCUACAGUGAUGAACCUAACAGACUGGAACAUGUAGGCUAGAUGUGUUGAAACCAGCAUUGAAACCAAGCUCUUAAUUUUCAUUUGUUCAACAUUUAGAGAUCUAAACUGAAGAUACUGAUGCUCUGGGGCUCUAAAAUCACUGUAGCUGAUUCAAGAAUCCAAAAAGCUUUUUGAUGAGCAGCUGAAAACUGGCUGAGUUAUUCUGCAUCAAAAUGCCUUUCACCAGCUUGUGCCCAUCAAAAACUGAAGUGAAAAGAAGCAAAGCUAUUCCCUAUGUUUUUCAUUAUGAGUGUUUUGGAACCAAGUUGGUUUAUAGCUUUUGCUUUUAAAGAUGUGUUUCUCAAGAUGGGUUUUUUAAAUAGAUUGAGGGUAACUGGUUUGCAACUCCACUACAGAUGAGAUUAUAAGUAGCAAUCAAAACAAAGAAAAGUAAUAAUUCAGGAGUUAUUUCCUUGUACAGGAUCUGCUUUUCAAUAAAGAAACAUGGAAAACCUUUUCUAUGAAGGCAUUAUAGCCUAGCUACCAGUUCAAGUAGCUACAGGCAAUCUUUUCUGUUGCUAGUGCUCUAGGCAGCAGAUUUGUAUCUUAGUUUUUUUGUUGCUGAUUUAGAGUAGCUGGAUGAGCUAAUCCAGACCUAAUGAAUAGGAAAUUUUAAGCCAUUUCCCUGUUUUGAUUUUGUCAUGGUGAUGCCAAAAAAAAACCCCAAAAGAUAAAAGAGAUUGAGCUUUAUUUCCUCUGCUUUUUUAAAAAGUCACACGUUGUGGAGCCAAACUUGAAAAUCAGACCACAGAUUUCUUAUCACUGUUGACUUCCUGUACAAGUUUUAACCUCUUUAUAAUGGUGGCUCUGGCUGUAGAAAUCCAUGGACAAAAAUGUAGUUUGUGCAUGGUGUGAGUUUGUGGCUCAGGAAGUGGUAAUCACUUUCUCUUUCAGUAUGUAAAAGGACUUUUUCCCAUGUUAAUACUUCUAGCUUCAAGCUGAAUGUCUCAAAGUGCUCUUCAAGCAAGACACGCUUCAUAAACCUAGCAGAUUUUGUCUGACUUCCCCCUUGUUUAUCAAAGCUGGAUGUAAUCAGAUUUUCUUUGUGGAGUUCAUCACCUCAGCCUUCUCAACAAACGCUGUUGGAAUGUAACACACGAUUCAUCCUUUUGUGCUGUGUAACUCUUCUUUUUCUGCUAUGUGAAGGGUCUUCACAUUUUGUUUCAUUUACUGGUGAGCUUCAAGUGGUUUGACUGAGUUAAAAAUACUGUGAUCUGCAGAGCUUUGAAGGAAAACUAUAUUUAUCUAAAGAGGUUUGUUCUUAGAAUCAAUUCAAGGACAACCUUUGUCGUUAAAACCUAUUUCAAAGAAAGGUAUUUUUACAGAAUUUCAAGUCGAAUUUGACCCAGGCAGCAUUCUUUGGCUUUAUUUUCUAAGUGUGCUGUUUAUGCCUGUUGCUUUCUAUUUAUUCUCAAGCUGCAUUUCAUUGUCUUUCAGUUUUUCAGCUUGAACUUGUCUUCUCUUGUGUUGUAAAUCAGCAGAGGUCCACACAUGGUCAGUAGUUUUUGUGCUCAAACUUCAAACAGCUCUUAAAAUAAGAGACUUUGAUGGAUAUAUACAUAUAGCAAAUCAUGUACUCAAGCAGGAAGAUGUGGGCAAUACCUUAUACCUUUCCUAGUCUUUUUCCAGCACUUUCCAAAUAGAGUAUUCUGCUUUAUAACCACACUGUCCAAAGUAUUUGCUCUAAAACAUGUAAUAAGAUGCUUUGUCUUACAAGUUCUUUUCUUAAUUGGGAAGUUUCUGCACUAGAAUCCAUUCUAGUUAGAUGUGCUUACGUUGAGUGCUUUAAUGUGUUUUGAGACUUGGUGAAAUAGAUUAAUGUGAAUGCUCCAGAUAAGGAUGGCUGUCUCCAUCAAAAUAAGUAGAAAGUGGAAGCCAGAAGGGAAGUGUAGAAAAGCAAUUCUUGCUGUAUGUAUGUAUUUCCUGAGUAUGAAAAUGAGAUGGUUUGCAAUGUGUUAGCAGGCACGCAUGUCAUCCACAUUACAAACAGUGGGGCUUAGUUUAGGGAAAUAGUAAUAUGCACCUAACAGCUGAAAGAUGCUUUUCAUCCAUAGGUCUGGAAACAUGUUGGUUGUGUAAAAGAGACAGAGAGACAAAAGGCUUGCACAAUAUGUACGCCUGGUUCAAACCAAAUCCAGGAGUAUAACUUGUGGAGCUUCACUCACUGUAUCCUGUGCUGUCUUUGCUACAAGUGGUCAAGUUUCUGAACUUUAUAUAAAAACUUGAUCAUAUUAUAUGUGUUUCUUGUUUGGAGAUGUUAAGCCUGUUUGUACCACUUGCUCCUGUAAAUUUGUGCCCAGAAAGAUCACACAGCAACAGAAAUCCUAGACAUCCUAGUUUUUGUAGUUCUGUGAAUGUCAUACCCUCUGACCAUACAGUAAUGAAGGUGCAUGUGCCUAGGAGCUUGAAUUCGAAGUUUUUAAUCCUGACUAAAUCUUAGGUGCAAGUCCUUGUCUGGGGCUAUGUUAGUCCUGGGUUGUAGAAUAAAUAUGGUGUGGGAGAAGAACAUAAGAAUGAAGAUGUGAAUCAGUGCCCUGUGUGACGAUGAAACUAAAUAUUUGCCCAAAAAUCAAGUGGUGUUCGUUGCAAAACCAGAUUUAGGACAAGAAACAGUUUCUCAAGCUACUCUUUACCCCAGUAGAACCAUAACAUCUUGCAGUCAAAUGCCUUAUUAAGUGUUUGGGAAGGACCUAAUUUCCAUAAGGUUUCAGGAACUGGUAGUUUCUAUGUUGGUUUAUAUUACUUUUUCUGUCUCUCUAGUUUGCUGGAGCAGUCAAAGUGAGAUCCAGUUCUGUUCUGAAAGAUCAGUGGAGUAAAUACUACAGCCAGAUUUGCACAUGCUAUUUUGCUUAUGUGACUUUGUCUUACCUGGCAUAAUUUAAGCAUUGCAGAGAGGUUAGAACUGUUGGGAAGGUCACUUUGGUGACCAAAGGGAAAACAUGCAAGUGCAGUAAUGAUGCAGUUAAUACCCCCUGUGGGGGCAGCAGCAGUUUAGAAGCCCUCGGUGGAUUUCUCUGGCUAUUUCUUUUUUGUUGUAUUCAUAAAAUACAGAAUUCUGUUUUUAAAAGAGGAGUUGAUGUGCAAAUAUUUUCAUGGCAUUGUGAGGAACAGGAGGGACCCGAAUGUGUUUUUCCAGUGCGAUGAGUAUUUGCUGACUGAGUCACGGGUUGGUAAGUUUAUCUUCCAGCUGAAUCAAGUUUUAAAUCACAAUCAAAUGACUUUUUACAUCAGGAAUAUUUUAUUGAUACACUACUCAGCUGGGGUUGAAUUUCCAGGUGUGAUUUUUCGCUGUAGACUUCAAAGGAGCUUCUGAUUUUAUAAAUAAAACUGAAAAUA